CCUCGAAGACGCGGCCGUUUGAAAGUGCGUCCCGUGGAGAGAAGAUGGCGCCGCCCGCAGCCUGUGCUGUGAGAAGGAGCCCGGAGCGGGGGAGACACAGCCGGCUGGUGGUGAACCAGGCCGUGCUGGCCGAGAGGAACCCGGGGGCCGUGGCUGCUGUGGGGGCUUGGAUAGAGGCGGCUGAGAGAGGAGGCUCCAGCAGGGCCCUGGUGUCUGCUGAGGAAGUUGAAGAAGCGAUAAUUCGAUACCAGCAGGAAAAGGAGCAGAGGCUGAUCCGCUUCCAGGGGGAAGUAAAGCGAAGGGUUAAUCAGAACGCCAAACAGCAGAAGCGACACCAGCUGCAGAAAUCCUACGAUGCUUUGGCACGUGAAGGUCUCGUCGUCAAGCAGUCUUCAGACGCUGCCAUGCCCUUCACUCCGAAGAGAAACACCUGUACUUACCGUAAUACACAGGUGGCCAUUGGCAGUCCUCGCGUUCGUUGCGUCUCAGCACAGAAGAUAGGAGGCGAUGAGGAGGAAGCGGAUGAAAAUGGAAACCGUUUAUUUAAAGAGCAUUCCAAAACUCUGAAGGAAACAAUGAGACAAGUUCGCAAGCGCCUGGCAGCUCUGAAAACUGUGGAGAGUGAAGAGUUAACUCUGCCCGGCGGCCUAUGGAAGGUCUCCCCCACCAGAGACAAUCCUUUCUCCCGGAGAUCUCCCGUUCUGUAUCAGCCACGGACCGAGGAAGAGCGGCCUCUUCUCAGAGGGUUUCAUGACCUGCCAGUGGAGCUUUUGGUUCCAGGGCCCGAAGGACAGACUGAGAGCAGGAUGGGGGCUGGGAAGCCGAUAUGUAAUCGUCUAAUGAAGGCGUCUUAUCCCGCUGGUCAGGCGCCAGCGUACAACACAGAUUACCGAGCCACUCUUGUACUUCGCCCAGGAGCAGAUGAAGAGGAAAACCGAAAACAAAGACAAAACCAGUUCUUGAUGUACAGGCGGCUUUUCAUGGACAUCGAGAGAGAACAAGUGAAGGAAAUGCGAAGGCAAAAGGAACACAACCGGAAAAUAUUCAAAAUGAAACAAGAGCGAGAAACUGAGCGACUGCUAGAGGAGGAGAGACUCCGCACCGCAGCUCAGCCCAGCCUGGAAAAUCUGACCUUUGAGGUGGAGUUAAUGAAGGAGCAAGAGAGGAACAUGGAACAUCGGGAGAGGGCACAGAAAACCAGAGAGUAUAACCGCUUCGUUGAGGCUCUGCGGGCUCAGAUGAAGGACAAGAUGUUGCUGCACAAUGUGGAAUUGCCACCGUUGUGUUGCUGCGGUUCAGAUUUCUGGGAUGCCCAUCCGGACACAUGCGCCAAUAACUGUAUUUUCUACAGGAACCCAAAAGCGUACACCCGGGCCUUGCAGUCGGUGCUCUCGUCACGUGACACGUGGGAUGGGGGCGCGAGCUCCAGGUUUCGGAUUUUGUAACAUCAGCAUUGGGUGACCUUGACCCUCCUGACUAAUGGAGAACCCUGCAGAGGGGACUGGGAGAUGAAGCGUUGG